UCUAAUCGGUUUGUUUUUUAUAUUUUUAUAUUUAUUGAGCACUGUGAAUCCUCGCAAUGUUUCUCAAAAUGGAACGGAGGUUUUAGAUGAGGAUGAAUUAUUUGGUCCUACUACGAUCACUUCCGAAGAAACUGGGGAAAUUAUUGUCGGAGAGGCAGGAAAUGUUGGUAUUAUAACUAAUACAAUUACUACUGUAAUGAAGACCGCGGUGGUAUUAAAGCCAACUUACAUCACACAAAGUAGUACAGAGAGCACAUCCAGAAUUUACAGAGAAAUAGAACCAAGGAACGAUAUUAAAAGAUUGCUUUCUGACCCUCAUUUUGAAGGUUUCAGAAAAUCGGGCUCCGAUGUGCAGCUUCAACCGAGCGGCAAUCAAAGUAUAAUAUUUAAAAUUUUAGACAACGAUGGAUCAUCCAGGGUUGAAAUAAAAAUCAACAACAAGAAGAAACGAAAGAAAACGAGGAAUCUAAGAGACAAUAGUAGACAAAGAUUUCCCCGAAACGAUACAAAUGUUCGAGAAUUAAGUAAUUUAACAAAAGAUACUGUACUUAUAUUGCUACCCAACAAUACGUUGGUAUAUGAGGUGAAAGAACCUGAUACUCUUAUUAAAAUUGAAGCAGAAAGUGACGUUACAAUGAUUAAAGAGUACUUAAGAGAAAAUCCACUAUUACUUACUAAGGGUUUAGAGGUACCAAAUUCUUCUAAAUUAGUUGAAGAAAUAACUAUAAGUGACUCCUUAUAUGUCACGUUAGAGACGCGGACUGAAAACGCUACUACGUUGGUAGAAGAUGUCACAGAAGUAAUAGAGCCUAUUAUGGCAGCGCAAGAUCCCGUGAUUCUAGCAGAAGCAUUGCCAGCAGAAGAUCCCGUAAUGUCAGCAGAAGAUAACAUGAUGCCUAUAGAAGACGCAACACUACAGGCUGAACGUACUCAGACGCUAGUAAAAGACAUCAAAACCCUUAAUAAACUAGACUUAGAAAGAGCAAAUGAAAUAUUACUUGACAAUUCAUUGGGUAAAGCAGAGCUAGAGCGUUAUUUAGGAUCAAUACCAACUUUAACUUCUAAAACAACCCACGAUUCAUAUCAAAUGUCACACGAAGAAUGACAGUUCUUAAAUAAAAUAAGCAAUGUAAGGUCAGUUAGUUGUUAGAAGAAAUUCAAAAGCA